AUGACCGGUCGAAAAGCAGCUCCAGCUUCGGCGACGACAACGAAAACGGGUACAACAGCUGGUCGAGUCAUAAAAAAAGAUAAAACAAAAAAUCAAAUGCGUGAUUUACGUAUUAGAAAAUUAUGUUUAAAUAUUUGCGUCGGUGAAUCUGGCGAUCGUCUUACACGUGCAUCGAAAGUACUCGAACAAUUAACUGGUCAAACGCCAGUGUUUUCAAAAGCACGUUAUACAGUUCGUUCAUUCGGUAUUCGUCGUAACGAAAAGAUCGGUGUCUUUUGUACUGUACGUGGCGAAAAAGCUAAAGAAAUCUUAGAAAAAGGUCUCAAAGUUAAAGAAUACGAAUUACACAAAGGCAACUUCAGCGAAAUGGGUAACUUCGGAUUUGGUAUUCAAGAACAUAUCGAUUUAGGUAUCAAAUAUGAUCCAUCGAUUGGUAUCUACGGUAUGGACUUUUAUGUUGUACUCGGUCGUGGCGGUUUCGAUAUUGGCAAACGUAAACAUAAGAAAGCACGUAUUGGUGCUUCACAUAGAAUAACAAAAGAUGAAGCUAUUAAAUGGUUUCAACAAACCUACGAAGGUGUUAUCAUGCCAGGUGGUAAAACUAAGAAAUCUGGCGGUGGUGGUCAUCACAAACGUGGCAAGAAGAAAUAA